AUGAGUACGAGUCACGGAUAUCAGCCAUCGUGGUGGACCUAUGCUCUGCACCAGGUCCCGCAUACCAAUUUCCAGUUUGAAGUUGUAGAAAGCAACUUUGCCCCCCAGGAAUGGGACUAUCAGCAGGCGCUUCUGUUUUUAGCCGGCAUUGCUGGACUAUGCCUGGCCAUCAGCCUUGUGUUAAUCUGCGUGUAUUUAAUACGAUUCUGCUGCUGCGUCUCCCAGGAUGACGAGGACUCUAAGAGCCGCCGGGCCUGCUGCGUUACCUGGAGUUGUGUAGCCGCCGUCAUCAUUUGCUGUGCUGGCAUCGGCAUCGGUUUCUAUGGAAAUAGUGAAACAAACGAUGGAAUUUACCAAGUGACGUACUCUCUGAUGAAUGCCAACCAUACGCUGACCUCCAUUGACCUUCUGAUCUCAGACACGGUGGAGCUUCUGAACUCGGUGGUGAAGAGCGACCUCACGCAGCUGGAGGAGAUCUUCUCCAAACGCACGGAAUUUUUGGUGAUUGUUCGGAACACCAGGCGGCAGGUGGAGUCGGUGGCCCAGCACUUGGCAGAAAUCUCCUUCUGGAAGGGGGUCGACCUGAAUCCGAACGUCUUGGCGGAGCAAGUUAAUUUCUUUGAAGAUUAUAGGUGGCUGGCCUACAUCCUACUGCUGCUCCUAGAUCUGAUUAUCUGCCUGUUCACCUUACUCGGCCUGGCCAAGCAGAUCAAGUGGUUGGUAAUUGUAAUGACAGUGGCGAGCUUCUUUGUACUUUUGCUCAGCUGGGGAUCCAUGGGGCUAGAGAUGGCCACCGCAGUGGGGCUGAGUGACUUUUGCUCUGAUCCGGAUGCGUACGUGAUGAAUCAGACCCAAAUUAUCACAAACAUCAGCCCAGAUAUCUUACAGUACUACAUCUCAUGUUACCAGGACGUAACCAAUCCAUUCCGACAGAGAUUGACCAUGUCUCAAAGGGCGCUUUCCAAUAUCCAUUCUCAACUUCACGGGCUGGAAAAAGAGGCCAUUCCACAGUAUCCGACAGCUGAGAAACAUUUAUUCGUGGUCCAGGCUAUGCUGAAUACAACAGAAGGAAACUUUCAUCACCUUGUGGCUCUGCUGAAUUGUCGGGGGCUCCAUAAGGAUUACGUGGAUGCUCUGAAGGGACUCUGCUAUGAUGGCAUGGAGGGCGUCCUGUUUCUUUUACUCUUUUCUUUUUUUUCUGCACUUUCCUUUACCGCUGCCAUCUGCAGCCUACCUCGCGCAUGGAAACGCUUUCAGAACAGGGACCUGGAUUACGACGACAUGGACGAGGAUGACCCGUUUAACCCACAGGCAUGUAGAGAGAUGCUUCGCGGGGGGGCCGGCAGACCUCACCUGCCGAGUUUCUAUAGUUACAGCAGUAGCUGCGGCAGCCACAACAGCCUGCGGGUCUCGGCCCCGCCUAUUUCCAACGCCCCCGUCUCACAGUACAUGAAUCAAAGCGGUUUGUUCAGUGGCAAUCCUCGAUUUGAAAAUGUUCCUUUGAUUGAGAGGCAGUCCCCACCCCCCUCGUACUCUCCUAGCAUGCGAACAUCCUUCAUCAGUGCGACCCAAGAAGAGACUGAUGCACAUUGCCGUACGGACUGUCCAUCCUAGGACCGGCCUGUGUCGCUCCACAUUUCUCAACCUUUUCCAGAGAUGACUAACAAACAAAAAAAACCUGAAAAAAAAAGACAAAAAAUAAUGAACUGGGCUCUUUGUGCUCUUAACCUCGUUGGGUGGGACAUUUCAGGUUCUAGAACUCAUUCAACUUUCCUUUUCUUGACCCUGAAACCCUUCAACUCUUUAGCGGUCGGGGGCUGAAUCGUCCCACUGCCGUCGGUUUUAUAUAUAUAUAUAAAUAUAUUUUGUAUUUUGUCCGUGUUCUUAUUACCCGUUCCGGGUCCUUCCGUAUUUCUGUACCACGACUGAUUACCCAGCACUGGACCUUCUCAAUUACAAUGGGGAUUGUGCUAGAAGAACUUGUAGAAGGUUCCACCAGAACAAGCCAACAUUGGGAGGUUCUUUGUCAACUGAGACAUUGCCAUUACAAAGCAGCGGAACCAUCAAAUAGAUGUUUGAACGCCUAUCUAACACCAGAGAAGUGGAUAUACCGGCCAUGAUACUGGCAUGGAGAAAACAUGUUGUGCUGUGCGCAUGACACAGGAGCAAAGGUAGAACGUGCUCAAGAGCGAAGGAGAAUGGACAUUGCUUCUGAAAAACUCUUUCCUUCACAGACGGAUCUCUUUUUAAUUAGCACAUUUUAACACUAACGCAUAUUUUGCAUUGACUUGAAAUAAAAAGGGACAAAAA